GUCUGUCGUCUAUAGUCGACAACUAUAAAGCAUUAUGUGAAAGUUUCAGUGAAAAAAGUGCUUUCAAAGUGCAAGAAGCCGUCUGAAUAGUUUAUUUGUUUCUCAUCAAAAUACUCUCCAAAACAUUUGACUACCACAAUUAGUACAAUAAGAAAUUGUCAAUAACUUUUCUCACAUUGGAAACAAACCGAGGAAGUUGAUAUAAUGGUGUUUUGUUAUAAAGUAAUAACAGAGAGUCCGCGCCGAGGCCUGUCUCCGAGGAAGAGGUCGCCAACAGCCUGCAGUAAUGUACCCAGUUCCAUAUCGCAGUUGAUUCGCGCAUACGACUAUGAGACGGACACAGAACUUCUUGACGCCAUCCCGGAGCGGGAAUGGCGUCUGCUGGCAGCCUUGGCGAAGAAGAGGGAGGAACAUGAGGAACGAGAGAAACUGGCCAACCAGUUCCGCAAGCUGUGGCAGAGGGAGCAAGAAGAGAGGAAACUGGUGGAAGCGGAAACCUCAGAGCAGUACAAACGCUACAUCGUAGGCAAGCGACGGGAGGAGCAGAACCGGCUGGAGUUCAAGCAGCACCUGAAGUCUGUGGAGCAGCAGCUCAGGAGACGAGAGCUCAUGGACACCAUCAGGAACAAGGAACAGCGCAGCGCCAACCUGCUGGCCAUGAUCGAUGACCAGAAGACAAGCUUUAUAAUAGACAAGGCGUUAGAGGACGAGGCGCGCGCGCAGCUGGCCGCAGACCGGCGCACGCGCAACAGCGAGGUGGAAGAGUUCAAGAAGCAUAUAGAACUGAUUGGAACGCAGAAACGCAGUGACGAAGCUAUGAGGAGACGGAAUGCUAUGUUGAAGGAUGCUUCUCAGCGAGUAGCAAUAAGCAACGCUCUCAACCACUGGGAAUCAGCAUUACUUCGUCAAGAGGUAAUAGCAAUGGAUGCCGCCAAGCGCGCUCACCACGCCGCCCACGCCGCGCUCACAGACGCACGAAGCGUCAGACUGCUGCGAGCUAAGGACGCCAGGCGACGUCGGGCGAGGAAAGUAGCAUAUGUAACUGAGCAACUAAGAGAUGCUAUACGAUGUAGGGACUACUGAGAUAAACCCACUAUUCUAAAGAAAGAAAAUUCUAAGAUAAGUCUAUGUGAAAAGAAAAAGUUGGUAGGAUCCACAUAUAGUGGAUUAAAAAGAAAACUUUAUGGAGUAGAAAAAAAUUAAGUACCUAGGUGCCUAUGGUGGUUGCAAGAUUUUUUAGCACUUAGCAAAGCUGACCUUAGCUGGCGUAACUCUUUUAAAAAUUUAAAUUUUCGUAAAAAUAUUAUAAAUUGUGAGUGCUAAAAGGUCUUGCACCAUUGUAGGUAUGUCGCUUUAUUUUUUUAAUUUAUCGCAAAGAUAUCUUAAGCUCCUCCUAAGAAGAUAGGUAUAACUUUCAGUAAGUUCCAUCAAUUAAUACCUAAGUUUACCAACCUCUUUAGUAAGUACAAAAAAAAACAUCGUUGAUCACCGGUAUGUCUAUGGCACUAACAACAGCAUGUUUUCGCACGUUUAGUAGUUGAGAUUUCAACACAAAUUCACACAGCUUCCUUUAAAAUUAUAUACGUAUUUAUAUAAGUAAUUGAUUUAAAAAAAAUACAAAAUACAUUUUUUUUUAAUCUUGAUAAAUAUGACGAUUUGGAAAUCAGUUCCUUAAACAUAGGAUAUGAUUUUGGUUGUCAAUUCAUCAUGUCAAAGAAUUUUAUGUGAACUACCUCGUUAAUGUGACUGUAACUAGUAUUUGUAGGUAAUUUAAAGUGAACGUACUUUGUGCAGCGUAUUUUAAU